UCUCGUAUGAAAUUAAUCGUCCCAACAGACUUAAAACUGUUAAUUAAUUAUUUAUUAUUGCAUUGCCAUCAGUGGGACGUAUAGCAACAAAAUUAUUUCAAUUUCUCCCCUUGUGUUCUUUGAUUAUUAAAUACAAAAAUUGAAUCAGUAAGAACAAUCGUGGAAACAUCUGUGCAAAAACGAAUAAGAUACAUGUAUUGUUUUUCUUUCCGAAACAGAGUCUUGCGUGUGCGAUAUUUUGGGAAGGUAGCCGAGAUGUCAAUCGUUAUCACGGAACAAUUCCGCAAAGACAUUUAUGGCUCUCGUGAGAAGACUGUAGAUAGAAGACCUGUCUCUAGUAAACACAGCUUCGAUUCACGACGACAGCCAGUGAGAACGACCGCCUUGAUUGUGUAGCAUAGCUGCCGAAAGAUAGUGCGCAUCAGCUGUCUCUUCGUGGAAAUCGAGACUGAUCGGAACGUUUCGUCAUUCUUUAAAUCGAACAACAAUCCCGGGUGGGAUUGUCCGAUACGUCACGAUUAUCUCUUGCUCCGCACAUGAGUCGGAAGUCCAACGGUGAUAAAUAUCCUCCUCGCCGUCGACCAAUCGAAUGGGAAGAUUCGCGAAGGCUUGUCCGAAGAUAAAUUUACAUUCCAACCGUUUCGCAUAUAAGGAAGACGUUCUAACGAAUACGAAUCAUGCCGCCGAAACUUUGCUGGAAGAAUUUGGUCCGAUUUUCGCGACGAUUCGACGGCAGAAGAGAUUUCUCCGACCGUCGUUGUUUCGUUCGAGGCAAUUUUCCGCAACACGUCGACUCGAACUCGUCGCGCAUGUCAUCGGAGAUUAACAAUCGACUCGCGCAUUUUUCCACACUAUCCGUUUUAACGUUCGGAAAAGCCCGAAAAAUGCCGCACGCCGUCGAUAUCUAUCGCGCGCAAAUCCCGAAGUUUCUCGUAACUCACGUGGCUAAGAAUCCAUCGGUCAAACCCAUCGGCUACGAUUACAUCGGCAAUAAGAUACCGCUGUUGAACGCGUGCGCCAUCGACAUCUCGUCGAAACUUCGCCGCUACAUCGAGGAAUGCGCUCUGCUGUGCUCGCCCAAAGACGUUUACGUGUGCAACGGCACGGAUGUCGAGUACGCGCAAUUGCUGAAAGUUCUCGAGAACAGCGGAACCAUCACAAACCUGCCCAAAUAUGAAAAUUGCUGGCUGGCGAGAACCAACCCCGCGGACGUGGCGCGCGUCGAGAAGCGCACGUUCAUCAGCACGGACGAAAGAAACAACGCCAUUCCUACACCGCGGAAAGGCACAAUUGGCGAGCUCGGGAACUGGAUAUCUCCGAGCGACAUGGAGCAAGCUAUUCUGGAACGUUUCCCGAAUUGCAUGAACGGACGAACCAUGUACGUGAUUCCCUUCAGCAUGGGACCGGUUGGUUCUCCGCUCUCGAAGAUCGGCAUAGAAAUUACCGAUUCGGCUUACGUGGUCUGUUCGAUGAGGAUAAUGACCAGAAUGGGGGAGAAGGUGCUCGAGACGCUGAGAGACGACGACUUCGUCAAGUGUUUGCACUCGGUGGGUGUUUCGAAGCACCCACCGUCGAAGAUCGGUGCGAGCCAGUCGUGGCCGUGCGACCCGGAGAGAACGAUCAUUCUUCACCGACCCGCGAAAAACGAAAUUGUAUCGUACGGGAGCGGCUACGGCGGAAAUUCCUUGCUUGGAAAGAAGUGUUUCGCUCUUCGAAUCGGCUCGACGAUAGCCAAGAAGGAAGGAUGGCUCGCCGAACACAUGCUCAUAUUGGGUAUCACAAAUCCCAAGGGCAAGAAGCGUUACAUCGCGGCCGCUUUUCCGAGCGCCUGCGGCAAAACGAACUUAGCUAUGAUGCAACCCACGCUACCGGGUUACAAGCUCGAGUGCGUGGGAGACGACAUCGCUUGGAUGAGAUUCGACGAUCAGGGUAAAUUGCGCGCCAUCAAUCCGGAGAACGGAUUCUUCGGGGUCGCUCCGGGCACAAGCUCGGCCACGAAUCCCAACGCGAUGAAGACCAUCUUCAGAAACACCAUCUUCACCAACGUGGCGUCCACCAGCGACGGAGGAGUGUUCUGGGAAGGAAUGGAAAAAGAAAUCGACGAUAAUGUCAAGGUGGUCGAUUGGAGAGGUAAUAACUGGUCCAGAGAUUCCAAAGUACCGGCCGCUCAUCCAAAUUCGAGAUUUUGCACUCCGGCCCAGCAAUGUCCUAUAAUCGAUCCCUCUUGGGAGGAUCCGCGAGGUGUUCCGAUUGACGCUAUAUUAUUUGGAGGCCGAAGACCCGAGGGCGUGCCCUUGGUAUAUCAAGCGCGCAAUUGGCAACACGGCGUCUUCAUUGGCGCUACAAUGAGAUCCGAGGCUACAGCCGCUGCCGAACACAAGGGUAAAGUAAUACUUCACGAUCCGUUCGCUAUGAGACCCUUUUUCGGUUACAAUUUCGGUCAUUAUCUCGCCCACUGGUUGAACAUGGCGCGCGUGAAAAACGCCAAGUUGCCAGCGAUAUUCCACGUGAACUGGUUCAGGAAGAACGCGGACGGUAAGUUCUUGUGGCCAGGUUACGGCGAGAACUCGCGCGUCCUCGACUGGAUACUUCGAAGAAUCGACGGCGAAGACGUCGCCGAGGAGUCAGUUAUUGGUUUGCUGCCGAAACCUGGAUCCAUCAAUUUGGAAAAUCUCAAGGACGACGUGGAUAUGACGGAAUUAUUCAGGCUGCCGAAAAGUUUUUGGAAAAAAGAAGUCGACGACUUGAGAGAGUACUUCGAGUCUCAAGUGGGAAGCGAUUUGCCGGAAGCCAUAGCGAUGGAACUCGCCCGUCUUUCGCACAACGUUGAUAAUCUUUAAUUUAAAUAUUUCUUCACUUUUGUAAUUAUUAUUUUUAUAAUUCGCGGUUGUACUUUUUCGCGAUGUAUUUUACAAUUUUACAAAAUCAGAUGAUGACAGGCUUCGUCAAAGUGAUAGAAAAGAUGUGCGAAAAUAAUUUCGAGAAUGCGAAUUCCGUUUGGGAAUCGCUAGGCAGAUUUUAGAACUUCGAUUGUUCUCACCUCUGGAAGGGAUAUUUUUGAAGGAUUUUUAUUGAAUAAUGUGAGAUUUUGGUAUUUUCAGUAUUACACGUUUUAGGAAGAUAGUUUGGCUUUUACACAAUCUCAUGGCAAAUAAAAACACAACGCGUACAUCUCUAAAGCUCGUUGUAAAAGUCACGAAAUUUGUAUAUCAUCGCGUUUAUAAAAAAAAAAAA